AUGUCUGAUUCGGAGGAAGAACCUGAUGCUGAGCUUACUGCCACCAGGAGGCGCCACAUUCACUGUGGACAUGCAGGCUACAGUCUCAUCGAGUUCGAGGAGACGUACAGGGACAAACCAGAGAAGAAAACUGUGAGGGACAGACUAAACACUUGUACGAGAAAAUGCUGCAGUCUUGAGAGUCUAAAGAAAAGUCUUUUGAAAUUGUUUCCGUUCAUACAGACGUUAAAAUCGUACAAGAUAACUGAGGAUCUUCCGAACGAUCUUAUUUCUGGUCUGACAGUUGGAAUCAUGAUGAUCCCUCAAGGAAUGGCAUUUGGAGCCCUGUCCACUCUUCCUCCGAUUGUCGGGCUAUACAUCUCCUUAUUCGCACCACUCACAUACUUCUUUUUUGGCACAUCAAGACAGUCUUCACUGGGAUGCAUAGCUGUUCUUAGUUUGAUGAUGGCAAGUAUUCUCGAUAAGUAUGAUGAGAAUGUGAAGGAGACGAUGAUACUCAGUCAGAAUGUGUCUGUUGUUACCAUGACAACCGCCGUACCAACGGCUGUCCUGAUGUCGGCAUCAACAGGGAGUGAGUACAAUAUCAUUGGCAACCUCACCACUGUUUCUGGUGUUCUGUCUGAAGACACAUCUCCAGAAAUGACAGCCGAAGCGGUUGCUAAGCGAGUUGAAUUAGCAGGGGCAGUCACUCUUGUAGCCGGUCUUAUCACGAUGAUCAUGGGCAAGUGUGGGUUUGGUUUUGUCAUUACGUACAUGUCGAAUGCCCUGAUCACAUCGUUCACUGUUGGGGUGUCCAUCCAUGUAAUCAGCAGUCAGCUGAAGAACGUCUUCGGUCUUAAGCUGCCACGACAUACUGGAAUCGGCAAGAUUGUCUUGACAUGGUAUGAUAUGUUUGCUAAUAUCUCAAAAUCCAAUCCAGCCACUGUGAUCAUAUGUUCAACAUGUAUCCUGAUCAUGUAUCUGGUGAAAACACAGGUUAAUCAGAGAUUCAAGUCGAAAAUGAGAAUUCCUGUUCCUAUAGAGCUCAUAAUAGUAAUAGCUGGCACACUUGCUUCACAUUAUGGAUAUUUUCAAACAAACUAUGAUGUUCCUGUUGUUGGCAACAUUCCUGUUGGGGUUCCUGUACCACGUCUUCCCAACGUUCUCCUAGCCAAAGAUUACAUAGCAGAAGGUAUGAUUAUUGCCAUUGUGGCGUAUGCUCAGACUGUGUCCAUGGCAAAAACAUUUGGCAUCAAGCACAACUAUAAAGUCGAUUCCAACCAGGAGAUGUUUGCAAUUGGUUCGGCCUGUCUUGUGUGUUCUAUUUUUUCGGGAUUUUUCACUGCAGCGUCAGUGUCACGGUCCAUCGUGCAGGACGGCGCUGGAGGUCGCACUCAGGUGACGUCGCUGAUUGCAUGCUCAGUUGUUUUGUUAGUCAUCAUGGUCAUUGGUCCUUACUUACACGCAUUACCACUGUGUGUCCUGGCAAGUAUUAUUAUCGUCAAUCUCCGUGGGAUGUUCAUGAAACUGUUUACUUUGAGAGAAUUGUGGCGCAAGUCACGAUAUGACUGUACCGUGUGGAUUCUGACAUUUCUAGCCUGUGUUCUGCUUGAUACGGACAUUGGUUUACUGAUUGGUGUUUUGGUGUCCUUAUUUAUUGUGGUUGUGAGAACACAGAUCUUAUCCUCGAUGACAGUGGGUAUUGUGAGCCAGACAUCCGAGUUCAGAUCACUCAAGUAUUACAAACAGGUUGCUGAACUCCCAGGUAUUAAAGUUAUCAGACUGGAUGCACCACUUUACUUUCCAAACUCGGAAAUGUUUGUGAAAAAGGUUCACAAACUGACCGGGAUCAACCCAAUAAAGCUGAAGAAAUAUCUCCUGAAGAAUGGGCACACCAUCACAAUAGAUGACCAGAGAACAAAUACUGAAUCAGUUCAGGCCAACUGUGUUGCCAACUCCAACAUGGAAGAAUCAGAAAUGAUAAGCUCAAGACCUCAACAUAUCAUUCUGGACUUGUCGGGGGUCACCUUCUUUGAUAUGAUGGGUGUCAGUGCCCUGCACCAGAUUAUAAUUGAGUUUGAAGAUAUACAUAUCAAGGUUUUUGUAGCGGAGGCUAGAGAGAGAGUUAUGGGUGUAUUGAGAUCGAAUGAUUUCAUAAAGAAUCACGGACAUCUCAUGUACACGACACUGGAUUCUGCUGUGGCAGCUGCAUCUGCUACCAGUACUACUCCCCGUACAUCAGUCACAGAUACCGGCAGCACUCAGGUGACAUCGGGCCUGAAUAACAACCCGACUCGCGUCCAAACUACGCACAGUGAUAUUGAAGCAAACAAUGAACUAUAAUGUUUUUUAAGUCUGUUCUGGUAGUCAUUAUAGAUGUAUUGUGGUCAAUUCAAAGUAUUUUUUGCAGCCCAUUACCUCAUACAUCAACACUCAAGGUUUCUGUUACAGUUAAGAGGCUGUUCAUAAUUAGAAACAUUUUCAUGAGCAUGCAAUAUUUAAAAACCAAAGCGGGCAUUGAAAUAAGUAAAGUGUGUGGCAACCCGGCCAUGUAUAGGUAGCCAAUAAUUAGGGACCUGUUAACAUAUAGAUUGUGACACAUUCAUCAGGUUUACAAUAAUUCUCAUUAUAGUUUACUAUAAAACAUUUCAUAGAUCUACGGAUACUUUGUGCUUCAUUCAAUGUUCUAAUUGUAAUGAUACUUGAAUGGGAGUAACACAGUUUAGGUGGUCUAAUUGUAAUGAUACUUGAAUAUGGGAAUAACACAAUUUAGGUGGUGUUACUGUUGUUUAAAACAAUUUUGUGGAGAACAAAAUACAUAAUGUUAAACCGUUUUCUACUUUUUGACUUUUAGUUCUCAACUUAUUUCGAUGCCUGCAAAAUGUCAUUUGGCAGAAUUCAAACCUACCGCACCAAUUUACAUGGCAUUUGGCAGUCCUUAACUUUAACUGCUUGUCUACCAGGACCAUAUAUUGGAUAGGUGUGUGUGUUAAAGCCAGGGUACACUUCUAAAACCAAAAUGUUGAAUUUGCAUUAUUAGGAAGUUUGGGUAGGGGGAUACAAAAAAAAAGAAAAAAAAAGCUUAUGGUUUGCAUACUUGUGAAAAUAUUGAUAAUUAUUAAUGGCCUUUUUUACCUCUGUCUUGGUCCAUAUCAGUCUAGACUCUACCCACUGACUCAUCCAGCUUGGGUGUUCCUAACAGAAGCCGAAGCUUCCACUGGCAUAGCCGUUAGGAUAUCUGAGAUAUGCAAAUCCCCUUAUCACAUCAAGGGAUGGACCUAGACCAGGGACCAUAGUUAUAGUUCCAAAGCUAUCUUAGCACUAUGAAAUCAUAAAACCAUCGUAAGAUAUGACGUCUCUAUGGUGCGAUAUCGUAGUCUGAAAUGAUUUUACGAUUUCAUAGUGCUAAGAAAGUUUCGAAACAAAUAUGGGCCCAGGACCGUAGGAAUGAUAUCUGGGGUGGGGUGGGCACAACCUCUAGUGGUGUGUGUGUGUGUGCAAGCCAUAUUUUUACCUUUAUUUAUGUAAACAUAUAUUUUCGUCCUCAAAUGGGGGCGCAGGUUCCCCCCAUCACAUUUCCUACGAGUUUACAGAUGGGGUAUGUUUCAGUGGAUUUGUUUUGUAAACAUAUAUAUAUACUUGCACAGCAUUAUGUAUGACAUUUCAGGAUAUACAUGUAGUUGUUAUAGUUUAUUUUAGUGUAUUUGUUUAUUUUGUAGUGCUAUACAGGUAGUGCAAUAUUAAGUUUAGAGUAUAGCUUAUUUUGGUUAUACAGUCAUGUACAAGUAGUGCAAUAUAAAUUUCAGAGUAUUGCUUAUUUUGGUUAUGUAGUCAUGCAAAUGUAGUGCAAUAGUAAAUGUAGAAUAUAGUUUAUUUUUGAGUGAUAUAAAAUUGAAGGUACAGUUUAAGUAUAUUUUUGCUAUGCAGUUGUUUACAUGUAGUGCCAUUUAUAUGUCAUGGUAUGUGAAUUUACAUGUACAUGUAGUAUUAUGAUAUUUGAAACUCAGUUUAUUUCAUUUUUCUUUGAUGUAGUCACUUAAUUGUAGUGCAAUAUACCAUUUAGUCUUUUGUUUAAGUUUAUUUUAGUGGGUGUUUUUGUUUAUGUUAAUUUACAGUUCAAUUGCUUUACUUAUUAUUGAGCUAGUGAAAUCUACCAUGGAAGCAGAAAGGUUCGUGAGAUGUAGGGUUGGACGUAAUGCUUUUCAGUAAUAAUUAAUUAAUCAGGCCGUAAUCUGUGGUGAAAUGAACGUUUUCUUCGAUGAAAUUCGGCUCAAGUCGCAGAGUUAUUAGCAAUAGCGAGAAGUUGAAGUUGCCGUGAUAUUUGACCUAAUCUGAUUUCAAAAAUUAAAUAACACAACAGACGUCAAGACACUAACUUGUUUUUAGUGUCAUAGUUCAUUUGGCACCUUGAUGUCCAUGUCUUUACUUUGGUGCCAGAGUGUACAUCGAUGCAUGUCGCACUGUUUGCAGUAACCAGUUAAGCGUUUGAUAAUUCUCGGCAACAUUCAUUUCAGUAAUACCAAAAAUACUAAUUAUUACUUUCAUUUUAACAUAACAACAACUUAAUAAUAUCAAAUGUUUAAAUUUUAUUACUGGAAAUAGUAGUAUUUUAUAUUGAAAUAUUGAGAGUAGAAUUGAGCAGAGAUUGGGCGAUUACUUGACAAAAGUAAUCGAUUACGAUUAUGAUUACUUGAGAAUGUCAUGAUUGCAAUUAUGAUUAUGAUUACAAGAAAAUUGAAAGUAAUCAAUUAUGAUUACGAUUACUUGAGAAUGUCACGCUUACAUGUAUGUAUACGAUUACAAAAAAAUUGAAAGUAAUCAAUUACGAUUGCCAAUACAUUUCCACAAAUACAUGUAUACACAAAUAGUGAAAUGAUGUUACCAACUUGAAAGUAUUCACUUUAUUUCACAACCAUACUGAUUUCAUUCAUUAAAAGACAAUGGAUAAUUUUGGAUUAUUUAUUAAAUGAUUUCAAAAAUUUAUGAACUUAUGCUGCAGGGUGGGAAUCAGUUUCCAAAAUGAGAUUUAUUAUUCUUAAUUUGGAUUAUUGAAGAAAAGGUAUCCAUAACCAUAGGUAUAAUUACAGUAUCAAUGAAUAAAAUAUAUAUUAUUUUUUAUUAUUGAAUUAAGCCAUAAUUAGUAAUUGCAAACUGUCUGAUCACUAUUACUUGUCGUAUACCAUUUA